GUCUUGUGUGUAUAAGAACGACCAGGCAGUGAAAGAAAACCCGAGCAAGGCUCUUCAGGAGGAGGAGCCGUGUCCACGCUUUGCACACCAGCUGGUCUACGAUGAGAUGCACAAGGUGCACUACUUGUUUGGUGGAAACCCCGGGAAGUCUUGUUCUCCUAAGAUGCGUCUGGACGACUUCUGGUCCCUCAAACUGUGUCGGCCCUCCAAGGAAUAUCUGCUGCGCCACUGCAGAUAUCUGAUCAGGAAAUACAGGUUUGAGGAGAAAGCCCAAUCGGAGCCCCUGAACGCGCUGAAAUACCUGCAGAACGACCUCUCGCUCACCGUGGAUCACACCGACCCCGACGAGACCAAAGAGUUCCAGCUCCUGCCCUCGGCUCUCUUCAAGUCCAGCUCUGAUUUCAUCCCACUGGGUUUCUCAGACGUGGACCAGACGUACGCUCAGAGGACGCAGCUCUUCGACACACUCGUCAACUUCUUCCCCGACAGCAUGACUCCUCCCAAGGGCAACCUGGUGGACCUCAUCACGCUCUAACCCCAAAUACCUCGCCCACCCACCGGAGGAGGCAGAGACCACUUAUUUUUCUAUUCCUGAACCUUCCUGUGGGAUUUAACCAUCAUCAUCGUCAUCGAGCUGCUGUCAGUCUGCGCCCCCUGCUGGUGAGCCUCGAGAACACACACUUUUACACUUCAGUGAGGGAAACUCACAGAACUCACCUUUUGGUUUUUUCUUUUUUUUUUUUGCUGGUUUCUUGGAGCACGCAAAAUCUUUUCCCACCUCAGAAACUUAAUGGCCAAAAAGGAGAAUUCACGCAUUUGUUUUCAAUAACUUUUGAGCUGUGUCCACAUAUUUGGAGAUGAUGUGUUCAGGUCGAUUCUCAGUUCAACUCCACUGGUUGUUCAUUGAUUUGAAGGCAAAAGUGUGUGACCGUGAAACAGGAAGUGGCUUCCCCAACUCUUCUGUCCUCCCUUCGGUCACAUUUCAGCAUCUCCCGCCAAACCUUCAUUUGGAUUAUCUGUUAAGCUUGCUUUUCUGCAACAUAUAUCUAUUUGUGAUCGUGUCAGCCAUGCAGAGGCUAAAAAAACAAUUGAAUAGUGUUGUAGUUACAAUAGAGGAAUGAUUCUAUGAGAUUGAAUUUAAUAUAUAUCUAAAUAUACCUUUUUUUAUAUUGCUUUCGGUUGUUAUCCCUGUCAAAUUGGUUGGUAAAUGUGCAUAUAUACUACAGAGCACUCGAGGUGAAGUAACAUUUAUUUUCCUCAGUAGUUAAUGGACUUCAUUCUAAGGCUGUACAGGAUAUGUAAAUAUACAUAUCGAAGAUUUUUGGCAUCCUGUGCUGGAUUCUUUUAUUUGUUCCCAUUUACCGAAAAAGUCAGGGUCCACAAACAAUCCUCAUUUCACUUAUUGGGAGGUAUUAAAGCAGCCGGUGUGCGUUUGUAAAUGAAGUGCUGGUGCCAGUUUGAGAGUGGAAAGGGCAUUUUGAGUUAUUUAAAAAAAAAAAAAAGGCGCUUCUCCAGUGUGAUGACAUUAUGGGUUUAAUUUUCCUUUUAUCACUGAAUCGGGUAAACAGAUGUUUUCUCGUUUAAUGAUUCAUUCAAAACUCUACUGGGUCAACUUGUCCGCACAAGUGAACUUAUGAGUCCCAUUUAAUACAGUUAUUUAACUUUGUUAUGCACUUGUUGAAGCUGAAGGAGCAUUCUGGUGUCUUGCAGGUGAAAUUUAAGUUUGAAAAAGUAAGGUUAAAGUGAGCCUAUGUGAUGGGAAGAACUGAAAUAUCCAACUACAGUGAAGGUAACAUUAGCCACCGUUAGCUUCUGGUCGUUCCGGACAAAUGUGACGUUAUAUUCUGCUGCUUCUUGGAAAUCAGGGGGUUGGAAAACAGACAUUUGCUUGCUUACAGAGAAGAUCAAGACUACUCUUUGUCAUGUAUGCUAAGUGUGAGGCUACCACUAGCUGUUAGCUUAGCAUAACAACUGGAAACCUGUAGCCGGGCUCAGUCCAAAGGCAAUCUAAAGAUCACUUAUUAACACAGUGACAACAAGACUCUAGGUUACGGCACUUGGUCAUAUAUAAAUAAAACUUUUUAUAACACCACACCUUAUGAUCUUUUUACAUAAUGUGGUUAAUUAAUGAGCUUUGAAGGUUCUACAUCAGUGGCUAUUUUUACUUUUGGUAGUCUCAGUCUUCUCACCUGAUCCUCGGCAAUUUCCUAACGUUAUUCCAACUAUUCCUUUAAGAGCACAUGACUAGUCGCUAAAGUGUUGAAAAUGACAGCUAAAAAAAAUAGUGCUAUGGUCCUCUUUAAGUCAGACAUAAGCUCAGCAUUGCCUACAAAAAUACCUGAAUAGGAUGGAAAAUGCAUCCAUUAGCUUCUCUUGCUUUUUGCAGCUUCCAAUUCAUAAUAUUCAUAUUGAAACUUUAACAAAACACUUGGACUGUAGUAGACAUUUUUGCCAUCUAAAUCAUCCUGCUGGUGUGUUCACUGACACUGGAGAUAAGUAGUUAUUUCAGACAUCAUCAGGGAGGUGUCCUGCUACUCAGACACAUCAUUUGAUUCUCUAAAUGAAUCCUGAGGAAAGUUGAACCUGUAACGAUGGAGCACGAUAGAGACGUUGCUUGAAUAAUACUCCUAACAUUUGGGAGUGUUUUUGCGUUCAUGUUGUUGGAGGAGGAUGUCACACGAGUUGCUGCUGCCCUGAAACACACUCAAUGGAAACAGAUUGGUGAAAAGGACACCAGAGAAACGCAUAAGUUGUAUUAGAACAUUAAAAUGCUAAUUAUUUAAGAUAUGACAACAUUUAGGGCUCAUCACGCUUUACUUUGUGACGUUAAAAAGAAUUAAAAGCACCUUUUUGUUAGAAAAAAACCACAAUGCCAAAUAAUACUUGCUAAUUUAGAGUAAAUAUCUUCCACACAACAAUGUUUGACGGAUGAAAUGUUGUUUUAAUUUGAUUUUUCUUUCCGUUUUGCCCGUCUCUCGACCCCUGGGUGAGAGUUUUAAGGCUGGUACACUCAGAUCAGUGAAUGUGUAGAAAAACCUUGUAGUAUUGCAUUGUAUGUACUGUAUAUAAGGAAUAAAGAUUGUAUUUUGUUCAGGUUUUCUUAAA